AACACGUCUGUCGCUGUGGAUCCCGUCUGUCUAUGGAUCCAAUUUGGCCCAGUUGCCGUACUGCGCGCCUGGUGAGGAGGCUGGCAUACAUGGCAAAGCAAUUGACGUUCUCAAUUUAUCGUCAUCUUAUCUCGACACCCCUCGUUUCACCCCGCGAUGGGUGCGCGAACCCGCCCCCAAAGCCCGCGUCGAAGCAGAACGCACCUCAGCAAGUGCGCUAUGCACAAGAUUCCGGCAUUCUGUUGGUGGUUGAUAGAUGCAUACACACACUGGGUUUGGGUCAAGGCAAUAUCAGCAAUAUGAGGUGGAUUCAUAGGCUGCGCUGACAUCUAUCUAUCGUCCUCUGGUCGAACCAAGCCCCGUCUUGUCCGCCAUAACCACAUAUGCAGGUUCCAGUCCCGUAGCAUUGCCACUCUUGUCAUACAUCCCUCCACGAUGUGGGUGUUGAAUACUCGGACAUUCGAUACCUAGUUCCUUUGGAAGUUGUCGCGUUCAACCACGUGUCGUUGUUCUCAUAAUAGCCACUGCGAUCCCAAGAUUCUUUCGCUGGGACAGUACCAUGAUUCCCCUUCAGUUUACGACCCCAAGUUGUGGAGCUGUCGCUGUCGUUUUCUGAACGCUUAAAUCCCGGUGUUUUGUUCUUUGAUCCGUGUUUUCUAUCGGUCGAAUCAGAUGCGUCCUCCACAUAUGGUGCUCGGUAGUUGGAACCAGUGCUGGGACUACGCGCGUGCAGAGUGUUUCGUCCGCUUUGCUUUUUGCCAGCUCCCCACGAAAUCCGUGGACCAGCAUCUGAAGGGGCUGGCGCGGUGCUGGAUCCAGCGUUGGAGUGUAUGGAUUCGUCUUCCAUGUUUCGACGCCAUGAGUACGGGACAGGACCUUCCAACAAACCAUCAUCGGGGCCAACCAACUUCGUGGUUAAAUCCUUGCCCCAGUCCGAGUCUGGCCGAGCCGAUUCGAGGUGUUGCGACCAAAGUACGACCUCCUCGGGGGACACUGGCAUUUGUUGUGAAUGCAGGUGGUGGGCCUUCCACCUUGGUAGAUGAUAUAUUCCGCACGGGAUUUGUAGGAUUUUUCUUGGCCAUGUAUUGCUGGAACCAUUGCUUUGUAGGAGAGGUCUCAGCGAUGUCGGCACCCCAACCUUCAUCGCUCUGUUUGGCCUUGGGCGAUUCGAACUUCUUAGGAGACAGCUUCGAAGCUUUCCUCGACGACGAUGAAUUCCACGGAGACCUCAGAUCGAAAGCAACAUGUCUUUCCCAAUCAUCCUUUUUGUGGUUGUUUUUGGGAGGGGAGGUCUCAGUGAUGUCGGCACCCCAACCUUCAUCGACCUGUUUGGCCCGGGGCGAUCCGAACUUUCUAGGGGACAACUUCGGAGCCUUCUUUGACGACAGUACAUCCCAUGGAGACCUCAAGUCGAAAGUAACAUGGUUGUCCCACUCGUCCUUUUCGUGGUUGUUUUUAGGAGGAGAGGUUGGUUGGCCUUUCAUUUGAGUGUUCGGCAUAUCGAAUCGCUCGUGUUCGUAGUUGAUGUCCGGUGUGUAUCUCGUCUUCGAUCCAAAAACCAUGCCGGUACCAUAUUCCCCUGUACAAUCGAUCAUCGCGAUAUCUUCGCCGUCACUCGAUAUAAUAUGGGGGUCGAACUUUCUUGGCAAUUGAACUACCAUGCCUUUUGACUGGUUUUUCUUGUUCGUGCGGCUUGCCUUUUUCGCCUCUCGCUCUUUCAGUUUCUUCCUUUCCUUCGUCUCCAUGGGGUCUGCUACCUCGAAGUUUAACAAUGUAUUCUUAAAGUUGAGGCUCUGUUGGAGAUCGGCUCCAAUUGCCUUGUGCAUCUCGGGACUCCAUCUCACACCUUUUAUAGAGGAUCCUGAGCUCUCGGUGGAGGAGUCGGGGGGUGAAUAUGUCCAUAGGGCCUGUGGUGAGCCAUUUGUUGCGUUCCUGUCGUGUUCGCCAUGUUUUGAACGAUCUCUGGAUGAGCGAGCCAUGAUGUCGAGACUUAUGUUGCCUCGUAGCCUUUGAGCCAGCGGCGUGUCAUUGGUAGU